AUGGGCUCAGAAACUACUUUGGAACUCAGUCCAUUCUCCGUUCGAAGCACCCGAUGUUCCAAGCACCCGCCUCACAUCGAAUCUUUCCGGAACCUCCAUGUUCUCCCCACGCAGCUCUUCGAGAGCUGGGCGGAGCAGCUUUGGGGCGAAGGCAAAGCGGUGCCAGCCUUUGAGGCCGUCGCACCGGUCGAGCCAGCACCACGGGAGCCGAAAGGGCCGCCGGCACCGCCAUCGCUGCCCUCGAACAUCACCUCACUCAAGUUUGGUGCUGGAACUUGGAAGCCCGGUCAAGGAGGUGGAAAGCAGCCUCCACUGACAGCAACAGGUGUGGCGCCAUGGGCCUUCAAGGGUGGAAAUGGUGCGCAGCCUCCCGUCACUGUCACUGGUGUGGCUCCUUGGGCAUUCAAGAAGGAGACACCUGCACCGCCAAAGGCACCAGAAUCUGGCUCCUUGGGAAGUUUGCGGGAAGAGGAGGAGGCGCCGAAAAGUGGUCUCGAGCGCGUGCACAUGUACAUGAAGCUUUUGGUGCCAGUGAAGCCCAUCGAAGGACCAAAUAGCUGGGAGACCGCCUUGAUGGAAGAGACUCCUACCCUGCUGCCCUCACUGAAGUUCCACAACCUUGUCUUCGGUCCAGAGGAUAUAGGUCACGGUGCGUUUAGCGUGGUGCGAUAUGCACGUACCAUCCAAAAGGAGAAGACACAGUCCAAGUGGCCUGAGUAUGCGGUGAAGGUGAUUAACACCAAGACCAUGGAGGAUCUGGGCUACGAGGCCUCGGUGAAUCGAGAGAUUUGCGUCCUCAAGAUGCUCAGCCAUCCUGGCAUCGCCCGCAUGGUGGCCGCCUUUCGUUACAGAGAUGGAGCAUAUUUGGUCUUGGAGUACGCCCACAAGGGAGAUCUGCACAACAUGCUUUGUUCCUUGGGAAAGCUGGAGGAGGACGUGGCCAAAUUCUUUGUAGGUGAAGUCAUUGCAGCGUUGUGUGCCAUUCAUGACACAGGCUUCGUGUACAGCGAUCUGAAGCCCGAAAAUGUUGUGAUCACCUCCUCGAACCACGCGAAGCUCACCGACUUCGGCGGCUGCCGGCCGGUCACCGACGAGGCGGCGACGAAUUGCCGUCGCGCCUUGCUGAAGCGCUUGAGAGAUGGGGACUGGCGCGCGGAGGACGCCCCAGAAGUGCAGCUCUCGGAGUGUGAGGAGGAGAUCAUUGACGACGGCCGCGUGGAAGGCACCAUGAUCUACCUGCCACCUGAGGUGGUGAAAGGUGGCACUCCAAGCUUCGCCUCAGACGCCUGGGCGCUAGGGUGUUUACUCUACCAGCUUCUGACUGGGCGCCCACCGGUCUGGGCCGACAGUGAAUUAGAAGAGGAGAUCCGAUCACGCAUUGUGAGCUUCCAACUCGAUGACGGAUUGGCAGCGUCUUUGUCUCCCUUAGCCCGAAGUUUGGUUGGUGCAUUGCUGGAGGCAGAAGUGGCCAAUCGGCUCUCGGUCUCUGCCUCGGCGCAGCACAGCUUCUUUGAGGGACUGGACGUCUUCACAUUGCACAAGAGGCCCCGCGGCCCCGAGUUGCCGGAGAUCGAGAAGCGACCCACGGAGCUCGGUGAUGAGAGGUGGCAGCGCAGGCAGUUCUCCAAGAUUUGGACGGUGAUGCCGUCUGCCCAGGACUUUGUCCCACCAAAGACCUUCGGUGUGGAAUCUACUGCGACUUGUAUCGCUGAGGCGAUGGAUGGAUUCGCCAUAGACUCGAGUGGUUCGUGUAAGUGA